ACAUUGUGAGGUAGGGGAUUCGUAGAAUCGCCAUCUGUCGUUUGUCAAUCACGAUUAAGAGCUGGUUGCUUGCUGGUUUCAUGGUAGGUUGUCGGUUUGCGCGUUUGUUAAUUGGGAAUUUAAUGUUUCUUCUCGUCAGUGUCGGGCAGGGUCUGUUCAACGAUAAUGUAUUGUGGAACGUAAACAUUAUGAAGGCGUGUACACGUUGCUCUACAGGCAACGUAACCCAUUUUAUCGGGCUUCGGAGGCGAGCAGUACUUCGGUCCGAAUUCAAAAUAAAAAAUUUCCGAAUAUCCAAACGGCAACUGAUUGAACAACAACCGAACCGAAAAUGUGGCAUUCGAAUUGAUUUCUUUGAAAGUACAUCAAUUAAUUAACGUAAUCAGAGUGCGCGUCCGAAUUCUCUUCACGCGAGUGUUUUCAUUUCGCUUCGACGAUGACCAGUAAGAAGAAGGCUUCGUGGACAAGUUACAUGAGAUCCGAAUCUCAAAUUGACAACGAGCAACAAUCGGAUAUAACUGUCGAUGAGGAGAACAUACAACUGUCCAUCGACCCCCACAUUCAGAAAUAUUUGGCCCAAGUGUCUCAAGAAUCUGGAUGCUGGGGACGUUGUCUACCCAUACCCUUCGAAAGGGCAGCGAGCAAAUCCUGGUGGCAUCUCACUUUCGACUCCCAAAUCCUCGAGAAACAAUAUCGGAAAAGCGUGAAUGCCUACAAUCGACUGAAAUUCAGGUACGCCCUUUGGUAUAUCCUCCUCAUUUCGUCAUCGUGGCUCAUAUUUUUCCUGUCGAUUGGCAUCUCAUACGGUACUCAACGAUGGCCGAUCCUGUGCACAAUCCUUGCGGCUGUGAUUUUCUCUGUUGUGACGUUUCUCCUUCUCACCUAUCGCGAGUUUUUCAACGCUUACAUGUUUUACGUGUCGCUAAGCGUUGCCGUGUGUCUGUGUCUCAUCAGUCUGUCGUUCCUGGUUUUGAUUCCCGUACGUUUCGAGCCGUAUUUCAAUCGUCAGACGUCCGACAUAAGUCCAGUCGGUCAUUUUUCUCUUUGUACCGAAGUACUACUGCUCAUCUAUACCGUGAUCCCGUUGCGUCUCUAUUUAACAAUAGCAAUCGCCAUAACAUACUCGGUCUUGUUCGAAGUGCUCACGUGGCUGGUGCACCACAAGGAGAGCGAAGGAUUGACGAUGCUGGUUAGGAUCCUGCUUCACUUCUGCAUCCACGUUAUCGGUCUCCACUGUCUCGUUAUGACGAACGUCAGGAUGAGGAACACGUUCAUGAAAGUUGGUCAAAGUUUGCUGGUCGGGCAGCAGCUUAAAGCAGAAAAGAACCUCAAAGAGAGCAUGUUACAUUCCUUGAUGCCUCCGAAAGUUGCACAAUGGUUGCUUAGUGAGGAAGAGCAUUUUGUAAAGAACGGCUCCGAAUACAGGGAUUCGGGAGAUUCGAGCUACAUCCGGUCCCUCUUCAGACCAUUCAACAUGAAUCGGAUGGAAAACGUUAGCAUCCUCUUCGCUGACAUAGUCGGAUUCACGAAGAUUUCGAGCACAAAGAGUGCCGAAGAGUUGGUAGACAUCCUCAACAAGCUCUUUCAGAAAUUCGACGUCCUAUGCAAGCAGAACAACUGCGAGAAAAUUUCGACCCUCGGAGAUUGUUACUACUGCGUCAGCGGAUGUCCCGGACCGCGUCCCGAUCACGCCAGAUGUUGUGUCGAAAUGGGACUGAGUAUGAUACAAGCGAUCAAGCAAUUCGUUGAAGAAACGAACGAAGCGUUGAACAUGCGGGUGGGUGUGCAUACGGGGACGGUGUUGUGUGGGAUUGUGGGGACGCGGCGGUUUAAAUUUGACGUGUGGAGUAACGAUGUCACCUUGGCCAAUCGAAUGGAGUCGACGGGAAAACCGGGAAUGGUGCACAUUUCGGAGAGGACUUGUGAAUUUCUUAGGGAUCAAUAUCUAUUGGAAGAAGGAGAACCCGUAUUUGGCCUGAAAACUUAUUUCAUCCUCGGAAAGAAACUAGACCGUCCCUUGUCCUAUUGCGACAGCUACAGAUUGAAGAAAAAGGAGAAUUCGAUUCCAAAUAACUCGCUGCAGCUUGUCGUGUCUCCACCGACGUCGCCUCAUUCCAUGUCUCCCCAGACCCGACCAAGAGUUCUCUCCUGUGACAAUUCGGCUGCUAAAGGCUCCUACAGUGGCAACACCCUAUCUCCUGACGUCUGUAAGAUCAAAGCAAGCAGCCUGCCCAGCAUUCUCGACGAGCAAGAACUGGAAGUGGAAAAGAUCGAAACAAAUGGCAACGAAGCGAUCAAAACCCCAACGUCAACGACGAGCUCAGGAAGACACUCGAUGAAACUCAAAACGUCGUGGAAGAUACCGAACUUUCUCAGGAAAUCGGACCAAAAUAAACUGGGCACGAAUGACGCGAACAGUCAAUCACACAGCAACCUGAACAUCUCCACCGUGGCCACCUGCGGCUAUCAGCAAGUUCCUACAAUAAUCGAAGCUGAUAACAACCUUCAAGUACCUGAAAUGCCCAUCAUAACACGAAGCAAAGGAUCGUGCAGUAACUUGAGUACUAACGAGGAAGAUAAACUCAGUAGCAUAUUUUUUGAAGAUCCAAAAGACACCAUAGACGUGAAGUCGUAUAUAAGUCAAUCGAGGUCCGACAUUGAUUACACCGCGAGCGAAUUUACGAGUUUUAUGCGAUCGGGAAGUUAUCGAUCUCAGUGCGGUAGAUCUCCUAACGAAUUCGCGAUAUUGAGCCGUGCGGGUAGUAACAGGUCGCGUAGGGGGAAAUCCCCGAAUUUCGAGGUUAUGUUGCCUCCAAUUGAAAGGACGCGUAGUGCCACCGUUACCGCGCCCAACCAGCCUACAAAAUCGAGCCGGACACUCGAUGUGCCUAACAAAAUUUUUACCAACAUGGAAAACGAUCAACUCAGCAUGGCACUUUCGUACAACAGCCGGAAAGACUCUGGAAUCAAGAGCAACAGUCGGAGAAGCAGUAUUCAACAGAUCGAGCAUCAGCUUCCAAGGUCGGAGAGUCCACACCACCGUCUUUCCGGCUACUUUACAUCUAGUCAGUGUAGCAUCAAUCACUCCCAUUAUCCUAACAUGCCAAGAUUACCCUGUCCUUUCUAUGAAAAAUACGGUUCUGGUAUAAACCAUAUUCGCAAACAAUCCGACUUGCAACUAAUCAAGUGUGUUCAAAAGAAUUCCGAGUCUGAAAGGUCGUAUUUCAUCAAACCACCUCUGUCCAAACUCACCCUCUUCUUCGAGAACGACAAAAUGGAACAAGAAUACCGAAAAAACGUCCACUCGAACACGGACUGCGAGUCGGUGCCGACAUUGGCUAAUUCGCGAUUUAACACGUACCUAGAUGUCUUUUUUUCGUUUGUCGUGUUUUCAGUGAUCUCGUUUUGUCUGUUUCUACUUUAUCAACCUACACCUCUGUGGUUGAGUGCGUUUGGGAUUUUCGUUUUUGCUCAAAUUUGUGCGAUUGCGUUGUGUUUCAAGAGGAUCUCGUUAUUUUCGGAGAAAUUCUUUUCGUUUUUUCCACGAUGGUACCGGUGGAACGCUUUCGGAGGACUUCUUGUCAGCCUCCCACUCGUCUCGAUCCUAUGCAAUUUCUCGUGCCCCAGGACAAUAUCCACGUCAAAACACGAAGACUACCUCUACAGUUAUCUGCUAUUUGUUGGUAUCGUGCACUUCUGUAACUUCACCCAAUUGAACUGUUGGAUGAAAAAUGUUCUUGCUACACUCUUCAGUUUGAUAUUUGUCCUACUAAUAUUCAGUGACUUUUGUCCCAGUACGAUCCAAACCAUUUUGAAGACGAGAAGCGUGUCCAUCAACAACGAAACUUCGUCCGACGAUGUAGAAACAGUGGACAAGUACCUCUACGAUUCGGAAAUCCUUAUGGUGGUACUUCUGUUACUCAUUUUGGUGUGGUUCCUAAACAGGGAGUUCGAAAUUUGCUACCGUCUCAGUUUUCACACGAGUUUUGUAGCAAACCGUGACAAGGCCCAUGUGCAACGAUUGAAAAACCAAGCCGAUUGGUUGAUAUACAACAUCGUUCCGGAACACGUGGCCGAGCAGCUUAAAAAGAACGCCAAAUACUCAGAGAAUGUCAAAAAUGCCGCCAUAAUAUUCGCUAGCAUAGUUAAUUUCAACGAAAUGUACGACGAGAGUUACCUCGGUGGCAAAGAAUUUCUACGAGUCCUCAACGAACUCAUCGGGGAUUUUGACGAACUCUUGACGCUUCCAGAAUUCAAAAGUGUAGAAAAAAUCAAAACAAUAGGCAGCACUUUUAUGGCAGCAAGCGGCCUAAACUCAACGAUGCGACUGGAACAAGAAGACCCCAACGAGCACCUUUACGCGCUCAUGGAUUUCGCGCUUGCCAUGCAAAACGUCAUCGAAAACUUCAACAGAGAUCUCCUGGAGUUCAACCUCAUCUUACGAAUAGGUUACAAUUUCGGAGAUGUCACGGCGGCAGUCAUUGGCAACACAAAGUUGUACUACGACAUUUGGGGCGAUGCCGUCAAUAUAGCUUCACGAAUGGAUUCGACAGGAGUCAACGGCAGGAUACAAGUGGGAGAACAUUGCCUGGAGAUUUUGGAGAAGAAGUACGAGUUCGAAAAGAGAGGAUGCAUCUACGUCAAAGGAAAAGAUAACAUGAACGUGUACUUGUUGAAAGGGAAACUGGAUGACACUGCUACAGAUAAUAACGAAUGACAAGAAGAUAAUAAGAAAACUGUUUAAUUAUUCAUUUGACAUUCCAUCAAUGAGGUUGAACCUUCCAUAAGAACCGAAAAGUAUUAAUAACUGUUUGGUCUAAUUAGUAUAGCAUUGUAAAGGUUCAAAAAUAUAUGGAAAAUCUCAGUUUUGAAAACGAGGCCGCCAAUUUAAUCAAAACACUAAUCGGUGUGCCACGUCUUGCCUAAUAGAAAGUACAAACUUGUGUUGAUUUUUAACAAAUACACCCGCUUGUUAACGAAUUCUUCAGUAAUUGUUUUUUGUAGGUAUUUAUACGACACAGUAAAUUUGGAACUGGUGCUAUUUUGUCUAAGGUACUUUUACAAAUAUUCAAAUACACAAUUACAGCGAUUGAAUUCAGAUCUUCAUCGAUAUAAUCGAUAAUGUUCGACACUAAAUCCGUAAAGCUAACAGUAAUAUAUUUGCAUUCUAUUAAAAAUAAAACAUAGAACACAGAUCAUUUAUAAAUGAUUACCCCUUAAAAUAAAUAAUUACUCUAUUGCUUUAGUAGGUAAUUAAAAUUUUUGCAUGUACGUAUUGUUAAAUGAUUUGAUACGAAUUCAAUUUUCUUCUUCUACAUUACAAAAAUUUAACAUUUAUCUUUAAUAAUUCAUAAAAAGAAAAAUUAUUCGAACUGACACGUAUUUUU